AUGUCCGUCGUUUCUCGCGCCAGUCGUAUCCGGAACCCCGCAUUGUUCAUCUGCGAUAUCCAGGACAAAUUCCGCAAUGCAAUCUACGAAUUCCCCAAGCUCGUCUCGACAGCCGACAAACUCGUCCGCGCCGCCAAAAUCCUCUCAAUCCCAACCUACAUCUCAACCCAAUCCCGCGCCAAACUCGGCCCCACAGUCCCCGAACUAACCACCAACCUAACGGGCCCGCACAUCCGCGCCGACAUCGACAAAACCCUCUUCUCAAUGAUAACCCCGGAAAUCGAGAAACAACUGCCCGUGAAAGCGCAGGACCCGCUGGACGUUAUCCUGGUCGGCAUCGAGACGCAUAUCUGCGUUACGCAGACGACGCUGGACCUGCUGGAGCGGGGACAUAGAGUGUAUGUCAUUGUGGAUGGGGUUAGUAGUAUUAAUGCUGGGGAGAGGGGAAUUGCGUUGGCGAGGUUGAGGGAUGCGGGGGCUACGAUUACGAGUAGUGAGAGUGUGCUGUUUGAGAUUUUGGGGGAUGCGGGCCAUGAGGCGUUUAAGGAGAUUAGUGGGUUGGUGAAGGAGACUAAGGAGGAGACAAAGGGGGCUUUGGGGGUGUUUUCGAAGAUUUAA